CUGUUUACGGCAAGGUGAUAGAUAUAACAAAUUGAGAUUUAUAUAAACAAAAUAUCACAUAUUUGCCAAUUAAAUUGCGCAUUACAUUUUUUACCAAGACGAAUAAAAUAUCCCGCCCUUGCUGAAAAUGCCAUUCUACGAUGUGUACAGUUCUGCCUACCUGGUCACGUUUUUCGUUUUUGCUCUGGUAGAGACAUUAUUAUGCAGUGGUAUCACAUAUGGAUGGGCAAGCAUCGUUGUGGUCUUCAAACAAGAAUAUUUCUACAUGGAUCUGUGUGUGGAUUUCUUUAAACACAUUAAUAAGUCACUCCCCACUCCAUCUCCACAAAAGCUGAUGUCUUUUUAUAAAAACACAACGAUAGUUGGUGGUGGUGCGGGUUUUUAUAACGAUGGAAUGUUACCAGGUUGUCCAGCACAAGACGCUCGGUUGAACUUGAUUUUUACAGUCUCGUUAUUUUGCCUGUGUGGCAUAAAGUUUCCCGCAGGAGUAUUUAUCGAUAAAUAUGGACCAAGGAUUGGAAGAAUUGUUGGAGGGACGUUGUAUCUCAUCGCUUCACUCGGUUUAGGCUUUGUUGCUAUUGGAUACGAAAACUUGUUGUUUCCAAUUUUUGCAUUUAUUGCUAUGGGUGGUAGUCUGUUGGUUGUGUCUGUCUAUCAGGUCAGCAACAUAGUCUUUCGCAAAUCUCGGUCUCGUGUUAUUUGCAUUCUCCAUGGUGCAUUCGAUUCUUCAGCAGUGUUUCUACUGGUGUUCAAGUUGAUAUAUGAAAAUGGAGUUGAAUUUAAAUACAUCAUGUAUGGCUACUCAGCUAUCUGUUUUGUUUUAUUUGUUGUGGGAACCUUCGUCCUGAUACCGCCAGUUAAAGUAUUGUUUCAUUGGUGUGAUGAAGAAAAUGAAAUAGUUGGCAACAAUGCAAAGCGAGCUAUAGCUGGUCCUGAUUUUGUUGUGAGCUCAUACAGUCGCUCUUUGGCUAAUGUUUCAGUCAGGUACGGCACCAUCCAAUCUGCGGAAAAGGAUUUUCACUUGAUCAGCGAAGAAGAGUAUGAUCCUCUGGAUGGCGAUGUUGACGGUGACGAACAUCACGUAAACAAAGAUAACGAAGUAUUGGUAAAACCAGCUGCCAAACAUAUCAAGAAAAAAUCUCGAUUUGCAAAAGGUUCUGUUUUACGUUCCAUAUUUUCCCCUUUGUACUUAAUGGAGCUGAUUUAUCUGCUAACGUUCCAGUUAAAGCUUUGGUAUUUUGUGGGUAGUUUGCCCGAUUUUUUGGAAAGAAUUGGAAAAAACGACGAAAAGAUCGUCAGUCAUUAUAUCAACUUGUUUGGUUAUAUCCAAUUCGGUGGCAUCUUUAUCACUCCAGUUAUUGGAUUUGUCUUCGAUCGGGAUGAAAUCACUGGAGAGAAAGAAACGCACAUGUCUGAAGCACAACUUCGCCUAAAGAAGCUACGAACGUGCAUUCUCCCGUUUGGACUCACCAAUGUACUGUGUAUCGCGUUUUGCGCCUUGUCAUUUAUCGAGAAUUUAAAAGUCCAGAUUAUAUCAUUCAUAUUAUACACCACUGUGCGUGGAUUUCUGUACGCUAAUCACGGUGCUUAUAUGGGUGCAGCAUUUCCUGCUUCACAGUUUGGAACAUUGUAUGGCUUAGGCAUUUUCAUUGGUGGCACUUUCGGGGUAUUGCAAUAUGCUCUAUUUGAACUGACAUCUGGUCCUUUAAAUGGAAAUCCGUUUUGGACCAACAUGAUCUUAUUAAUACUGGUCUUCAUUGGAAACAUCCACCCUAUCUAUCUUUGGUGGUAUUGUCGCAGCGAAGGAAAGCGUUUAGCAAUGAAGCGCGUCAACAAAUAGAGUGAAGAGGCAUUUAGGCCAUAAGAACGGACAUGCCACGUAUAGCCAAUGCGUUCUUUUCGCAUAUCUAGUAUUUAUUUGCGACCUAAUUUUUGUCAGCCUUAUAGAUUCGACUAAUCGACGGUUAAGACUAAAAUGUAAAAUACAUAUGUGACAAUAUUUUGGCUAAAAGUGCGUGAGAAGCAUAGACAGGGCAAUUUCUUUUAAUCUUGCUCAAAUUAAGCAAUUUAUUUGUAUUGCUUUUUUUAACAUGGAGAGUAUUUUUUACUGUAUGUUAUAGCAAAAAUAAAAAAUAAAGAACUGUAUUUUAUAUAAACAUAUUUUAACAUAAUAAAUAUUUGAUUCUAACGCAAACCUUUUAUGGUGUGACCGAAGACACCACUGCAUAAUGAUCACAAAUCAUUAUCAUCAGCGACACAGAAUUCUAUUGCAACGCGAUUAAACCCUCAACAUUAUUCCCAUUUUGUUAAGGAUACAUGAAACAGCUGUUACUCAUGUUCAAGUAUAUUUUUUCCGAAAGUCACAUAAGUUUUCAAUCGAAUAGUGUUAUUUUUAUCAAAUCGUAAAAACGUAUCCGCGUCUGCAGUUUUUUUUAUAAUGUGAAACUAUUUUAUACUGAUUACUGAUAUGGUUUUUUGUCAAUCAAGAAAUACUGUUAACGUUUUUAUCCAAGUGCUAAUACCUUUUUAUUAACUUUAAACCUCAUUGUAUACAGGACAAGAAAAGCAAGAUUUAUUUAGCAGUACUGUUUAAACCGCUCUCUAGGUAAAUAAUACUGCUAACCUUGUUAAAACUGAAUUUCCACUGCUUGUUUUUUUUAACUUUAUUUUCAUCUAUUAUCUAUAAAUGUUAAGCUGACAAAAUAUUUUAAUAGUUUUCAUAUUUUUUGUAAUAUAUAGAUGAUUAUAUACUUACAUGUACAACCAAGUUUGGUAAGCAAUAAUGUAGAUAAUGUUUUAUACUCAUCUUUUUUUA